AUGGCCUCCUAUCCAGACUUCGAUACCCUACAAAAGGUAGCCGGCCAACCUCUGGGCAACGCAUGGGGGUUUUGGGGUCCCAACGACGAACUUGGCUCUCUCAAUUAUCUCACACCUGAGGUGGUCCGUAACGCGGCCAAGGAGAUUAAGACUGGCGUCAGCAUUCAGCUAGAUAUGCGUCUUGAUGCCUUCGAGUAUCGUAUCGGCGGCCGUGAAGCAUUUGAGCAUCGAAUCAAGGACUUCAAGGACAACGAAGACUACAACUUAUAUGCCCACGACGAUGUUCUGACUUUCAAUACACAGGGCAGCUCGCAAUGGGACGGUCUCAGGCACGUUGGGCUGCAGCAGUCUGCGGUGUACUACAAUGGGCUCAAGCAUGCAGAUGUUCGACGGGACAGUCAUAGUGGCAAGCUUGGAAUACAAAACUGGGUUGAACGAGGCGGUAUCGUUGGUCGUGGGAUUUUACUAGACUAUCAUCGCUGGCGAGAAGAAACUGGGAGGGCACCAGCCAAGGCAAAUUCAUCCGUUGCUAUAACCACAUCAGAGCUCGAAGCAGUGGCGCAGCAUCAAGGCACCAAGUUCUGCGUCGGUGAUAUCCUCAUCAUCCGUUCCGGCUUUUCAGUCUGGUACCAACGCGCUCCGCAAGCCGAGCGAACCGAGUCACUACAACACUACGAGUUCGUGGGCCUAGAGCGAUCCAUGGAGUCUGUGAGAUGGCUUUGGAACCACCAUUUUGCGGCGGUCGCCGGCGACACUGUCGGGUUCGAAUGCAAUCCUGUUGACUUCCACGACAAGGAUACUGUCAAGUUACAUGAGUGGUUACUUGUGCAUUGGGGAACUCCGAUCGGGGAGCUGUGGGAUCUUGAGAAGUUGUCGGCGACUUGUGCGGCACAGAAGUCGUGGUCUUUCUUUCUAACAAGCGCUCCGCUGCAUGUAUUCGGAGGGGUUGCUACACCAUCAAAUGUGAUCGCUGUAUUAUAG